AUAUUACUUUGUCGUCUAGAAGUGGAAUUUGGUGUUAAGUGUUUUGUCCUUUCCUGGCUAUCUUCAUACAUAACUGGUCGCAGUCAAUUAGUCAAAAUAUCCACAUACUCAUCUCCAAUAGUCCAUCAGUUUCAUGGUGUCUCACAGGGAUCU